AUGAUUAAACAGGUCGUGCGGGAGUUGUUGGAUCAUGUCGCUAGGAAACUCACACCGCAGAAAAGGCUUAGGGGUGGAGUUAUUCCUAUUGAGGAGAUUCCGAAGGGAACUUCUGGCAAGAUUCUCAAGCGGGUUCUGAGGAUCAGAGCUGAAGGUGUUGAUAAGGGGAAGGCUAUUGGUGCUUCUAUUUAUGAUGAGCGCUCUUCCAAGCUGUGA